CUCUCCCUACCCAACUACUCUCUCUCUCUCUCUCUCUCUCUCUCUCUCUCUCUCUUUCAUGCUCUACACAUCAAGCACAUGAAUAAGCUUGUGGAUAGAGUGCCUUGGUCAUGUAUUUUCAAUUUACCGUGUUUUACAUUUCCUUGGGACUGGGAAUACUUAAUACUGGGACUCAUAGGCUGUUUUCAUUAUCGUGUUUGACAAAAGUAGUUGUAGAAAGUGCUCUGAUCUUUUCACGAUAUUACCUUCUUUUAGGAAAUGUCCUUUAUGCUUUCAUUGUCAUUCUUGAUGAAACUUAUCUCUUUCAGAACUUUCUCUUGACAUAAUGAAGGCUUAGAUUUGGUUCAUUUAAUUGGCCAGUUCAGAUUCAGUCAGUUACAAAUCUGUUCUGCUUUAACACUCAUUUCAUAUUUAGAUUGCUCAAUAUCCCAGUCUAUUAAUUAUUCGAGGGAUCAUUUGCCUUUUCCUUCUUUAUUAUAUGAGCUUGAUGCUAAUUUAAAUGUCAUAUGCUCUUGUAAUUUUCAGAUCUUGCCUUUUCCUUCUUUAUUAUAUGAGUUUUGAUCUUGACAUUGAUAGCCAUCUUGUCUCCUCACCUCUGAACCAGGUUUGGGAUCAGAUUGCCCCAGGUUUAGCGCAUGAGUUUGAUGCACCUCAUUCAAUUCUAGCAAUUACACCACGCCCUCUCUUGAUUCUAAAUGGCGAAGAAGACCCUCGAUGUCCUGUUGAAGGUUUGCAAAGUGCAAUUGAAAGAGUGGUUGAGGCAUAUUAUCUGGCCAAAUCUCCUGGGAAUUUCAAGCGUAAAUCCAAUACAACGCCAAUUAGGAGGUUCAGAUUUGAUUCAAGUGAAAGGCUCUAAAAAAGAAAGUGGAAGGCUCAAAAGGAUAUUGAUAGAAGUAGUGAGAAAAUAUAUGAAGAUUUAUGGUCUUAGUGAGGGUAUGAUCCUUGAUAGAGUUGAAUGGUGGAUUUGAGCUCUGAAUUGAACGAGCAAUUUAUAUGAAAAUUUUAAAAGCAAAAAAAAUUUAAAAAUUAUAAAAAAAUCAGGAGACUCGGGUGACUAUGGCAUCCUGGAAUGGCCUGGCUCCAUCGGACCCAAGGGGUUUUCAUCCUGGAAUGGCCUGGCUCGGAGCCGACUCGCAGCCUCGAAAUCUUUCAAACACUAAGAAAACAGAAUCUCCAUAGAGACUAGAAGGGCAGUGUGCAACAUCUUUGUUCAUAAGAAAAUAAUAAAAACGUGGUGGCAUGUAUUUUGACCAUCAAGUUUCACAUUAUGGUAUGUUUAGUAAUCUGAUAAAGGUCUGCCCAGCGGCGCAUUUUUUUAUACGAGUUUGCUCUUCCCAUCCAACUGAUAAAGGUCUUUCUCUCUCAAUAGAUCUCGACCUAAUAUAUAUAUAUAGUGUUGCCCUAAUAUGAAUAGUAGUUUAGGUCACUUUCCCAGCCAU